AUGGGUUUUGGAAUAAGGAAGAGCACGGUAAAUUACUCGAAGAAGACAAGAGACGUGCUGGACAGAAAGUUUGUUUGUGAUAAGGAGGGUUAUAGAUCUAAUAGAGACAAGAUGGAGAUGCCUUUUCGGCGAGAGACCCGAGUGGGAUGUAAGGCAAUGAUGAGAGUUAAAGUAUUGGAGGACAAAUGGUGGGAGGUCACGGGGUUUGUUGAAGAACAUACAAACCAUGUGUUGAGUAGUCCAGACAAAGCAAAGAUGCACAGAUCACACCAACAAUUCCAUAAAUCUCAAAGUUGUAAAAGACUUAUUGAGAGUCUGCAAGAAGAAGGUAUGCCUCCAUCCACUAUUUCUCGCGUCAUUAACGCAACCACUGGAAGAGAAGGCGAAUUAGUGACACCACAACAGUGUAUUGAUCACAUUAGAUACCAGAGAGUCAACAAUAUUGGCCAUGAAUUCAUAUCUAUCAUAAAACAUUUUCAGAGUUUGACAGCGAAUGAUCCAGAAUUCUAUUUUGCAAUAGAAGUGGACAGUAGUGGACAAAUGAGGAGUGUUUUCUGGGCUGACGGAAGAUCAAGAGCGUCUUAUUUGCAAUUUAGUGAUGUUGUUGUGUUUGAUGUGACAUACAGAACUAAUAAGUUCAGUCUUCCAUUUUCUCCAUUUACUGGUGCUAUUAUAACAGAUCAGGAUAGAGACAUGUGUAAUGCUAUUCACUCUGUGUUUCCAAUGACAAGACAUCGUUAUUUCUUUUGGCACAUGCAAAAGCACAUUAUUGAUCAUUUGCCUACUUUGGUUUCUCGUUAUGGUGAACAGUUUCAAAGGUAUUGGGGCUUAUGGUGUAAUAGUUCUUCAAUUGAACAGUGUGAAGGAUAUUGGCUAGAGAUGAAGGAGAAGUUUGAUAUAAAUGAAGAAGGGGAUGGAUGGUUGCAAACUACUCAAUUACACGAGUUUGUAUUACAAUAUGAAAAAGCAUUAACUCAUCGUCGCUUAAGUGAAGCUCAUGAAGAUUUUAAGAGUUUUAACACAAAGCCUGUCAUGCUCCUUGGACAUCCGAUUGAGGUCCAAGCUGGAGAAAUGUAUACACGCAACAUGUUUGAUGUGUUCCAAACCGAAUUCAAAGGAUUUGCUACAGAGUUUUGUGAAGAAUUAAGCAAAGAUGGGGAUAUUAUUGAAUACAAGAUUUGUAAGUUUGCAGAUAGAGAAAAAUGGGAGGUGGUUACUUAUGAAGAAUCCAGUAAGAUGCAAUUCAUUUGUUCUUGUGCUUUGUUUGAAACUAAUGGUGUUGUAUGUAGACAUAUAUUAUCGCUAAUGAUGGCUAGCCAAAUUUCUUCAUUACCCGACCAUUACAUCCUACACCGUUGGACUAUACAUGCUCGACAUCGUAACAUUGGGGUUGGCAAUAUUGUAUUUGGAAGAAACCUCACAAGCUGUAAAGAGAAGAUUAAUUUGUUGAAAUCUUGGGCUUUAAGAGCAAAAUUCAAUAAUGCGCUCGAGCUUGCAUUUGAUUCAGAAGAAAUGAUGCAGAAAUUAGAUAAUGUGUUAACAAAAUUCAUAGAAUUAGGGGAAGGUGUAUGCCGCUCUAGGAGUCUCCCCUUCCCAAUUCUAUCUGAAUCCAGUGGGAUUCUAGUGGCUUUCAUCAUUAUUUGCCACCAUGUUGAAGUCCAACCAAGCUUCAGAUUGCUUGGAUAUUUGAUCAGCGUGGGGUCGGCUGAGAAGGACCCGCAUUACUUCUACCACUAUCGUGGUGAUUUCCAGCUUGUCUUGGAUGCUUUAGAGUUAAACGAGGAUUGGAGGAGGCGAUACGUGUGGGUUUAUGGUGGCGACAACAUCUUCACCUGCUCGGACUGGCCAGAGGCGAAUGAUGUCGCUUUGAGGCCAAUCACCCUUAGCGAUUCAGAGAUGAUGGACCUAGAAAAGGUUCGCUCUUAUGUUGGGCCAUGA